AAAAAAUUAAUAAGUAAGUGGCUGUGUAAGCGGUUUCUGAGACAAAGUCGUCUUUAUUUUAUUCACACGACUAGAAAAAGUUGAAUUCAAGUCAAAUCAAAGUGUCAGAGUAAGUCAAAUUAUCGAUUAAUUGGCAAAAAACGUUGUGUCAAACAUCAAUUAGUUGUUUGUUUUUUAUCUUAAAAUGGCCCACCAACUGGACCGCGUCAUAAUGUGCCCCAUUUGCCUCGACACGAUGACAAAACCGAUAAUUCAGUGCCAAACGGGCCACAGCAUGUGCGGUGAUUGCAUCAAAGACAACUUGGUCACAAGUUGUCCACAGUGCAGAGGCCCGAUUUCCAAAACCCGUAAUUACCAAUUGGAGCAAAUCAUCGAAAAUAUGCCGAAAGAUUUGAAAAGUCCGUGUUUUUUCGCCGAUAAAGGCUGCAAAUACAUGCUUCUUCCGACCGAGAAGGCCGACCAUGAAGUCGAGUGCAAAAAUCGGAAGUUUUUGUGCGAAGGUCGCAAAUUCGCCAAAUGGAAGUGCGAAUGGUUUGGGAAUUACACCGAUUUGGAACAACACUUCAAACAAGUACAUGGGAGUGACAUGGAGUAUAAAAUGCAGACUGAUAUGGACGUAAAUCUUGAUAAAGACUUCAAAGACGUUAAAAUUAUUUCGUUUUUUAACGGGGCUCAGUAUUUUUGGUACAAGUUUAUGGUUGAUGUGAGUCAGCAGAGGGUUUUUUGGGUGUUCCAGUUCAUAGGGCCCAAAAAACAAGCCAAGAACUACUACUACGAGUUUGAGAUUAGUAAUGGACCAAUCAGGAAGUUCAAAGUGACCGAAGUUUGUGAAAACGAUGUCGUAAAGGCUGAAGACUUAUUCCGGGACGAGAAAUGUGUCACACUAACGUUCAAUUCUCUUAAAAGUUAUCUAAAUGACAAGGGAAAGUUACCAAUCAAAUUCCGGAUUAUGGCAAUGAGAAAACACAAUGAAGUUUCAAAAUAAUUAAUACAUUUCGUUUUGUUUAGAUUUAAGCUGUAAUAAAUAUUUUUACGUUCAUA